CACACAUACACGCACGUAGACCGAAACACAGACAAACAAACUCGAUCACACACACACACACAUACAAACACACACACACACACACACACACACACACAGCCUCCGUCCCCUGUGAGGGGGGCUGUCAUGGACCGGGACAGCCAGAGCGAGGACUCCCUCUCCACCCUGGUUCUGGAGGACAUCAAGAACCAACUGAUCAACGCCUUCAGGGCCAUCGGGGCCAACCAGAGUGGCCACAAGGUGGAGCCCUGUGCACCAAUUGGCUGUCUCAGUCUGGGCGGGAACCAGCAGGCCAAUGAGGAGCUCCGCAGAGCCAAGAUAGAUGGAGCCAUCACCUGGCUACGGUCCGAACUGCUGGAGAUGCGUUCCCAGGACCAGCAGCUGGCCCGCACCCUGCUGGGCCUCAACUCUGAGAUCCAAAGGGUGAGGAGAGAGAGCUACGGCGGUCUGGAGGUGGAGGGGGACGACCAGCCCUGACCCUGCCACAGCGCGACGCACCGACGGCGGGGAGAGAGAGGGGCCGAACCACCACGUAGGACUACCAUGGUACCCUCUCUCUCUGAUGCCGGAGACAAAUUCGAAAGAUGAACUGGUUCCAUUUCUUGGAGGCCUUGCGGGAAGGGCAGGAUAACUCAACGUGGCGUGUUGAGAAAAGCACACUAAAACUUAAGCCAAGCAGACACUUUUAUCCAUAGCAAGUCAAGCCCGGUCCAAUGCUGUCCCUACUCCCUAUCACAUCGCCUCCCCUCUGUUCGCAUGCUCUAGACCGGGUGUCCGGCUUGGACGAUGGGUUCAGUGGCAGUCCUGACGAUUCCAUAAUUAUUGAGUCAUCUCGCUAAAGCCUGAUGCUAGUGUCUGCGGCCACAGUGGGUUCGGAUCGGCGACAUUCAGGAGCAGAUAAAGGGCGGGUCAUAACGCUUGAGGACGCCUACUGGUUAGGCUCCGGACUUUGGGUUGGGAACCCGGUGCCUUUCAGCUGGGCGUGGAAAUCCCUGACCGCAUGACCCUGCCAACAGUGGCACGUCGGAGAGGAGUUAGGGGACCGAGAAGAGGAGUUAUUUGAUUGUUCACUUUUGUUUGAGUGCAGUUUAUUUUGGGUGUCUUUGUGCAAGAAAAACGUAAAAAAAAAAAAAAAAGAUAGAUUACAAUUAAUAAUUCAACAUUUUUGUAAUUUGAAAAAAGUUAAUAAACAGUCCACGAAUAACGUU